ACGAAGUGAUAUAUGUAGAUAAAAAGAUAAAUGAAAUAGUGAAUGUGGAUAAAGAGGUAGACGAAGUAGUAGAUAUGGAUAAAGAGGUAGAUAGAGUAGUGGGUGUAGAUAAAGGUAUGUUUGAAGUGGUAGAUGUGGAUAAAAGGAUAGGCGAAGUGGUGGAUAUGGAUAAAGAGAUGAACGAAGUGGCGAACAAAAGGAUAGAUAAUGAAAUAUGUGAAAUGGCCUAUGAAAAGAUGGACGAGACAGCAAAUAAAAUGGCAGUAGACUUAAGAAUUUCUAAGCUACCUAAAAAUAAGACAUUCGAUAGAAGUUUAUCUGAAGAUAAAAUUCAUUCAAUUAAAAGACAUAAAUUUUCGAAUUUGACUACUAACACUGACGUGAAUAUUCAG